AUGGAAGGUGAUGACUUUAGAACUAGCAGUGGGCUGGUAGAAGCUACAGGAUCUGCAUUUGCUAACACAUGGAAAGCUCAGCCCACCUGUACAGACCAGGUAGAAAAGCUGGAAGACCCCUGCAGUCUCAGCAUUGAAAGUGCAAAUUAUGCUGAGCAUUGGUGUUCUUUGCUGAAAAAACCAGAGGGUCCUUUUGAAAGAUGUCACUCAAUCAUUGAUCCUUCAGAAUACUAUAAGAGAUGUAAAUAUGACACCUGCCUCUGCGAAGACAAUGAAGAAUGCUUGUGUGCUGCCUUGUCCUCUUACUCAAGAGCCUGUGCUUUCAAAGGGAUCAUACUAGGAGGCUGGAGAAAAAGUGUCUGCACUCGUGAAGUAUCUGCCUGUCCAGGAAAUCAGAUCUUCCUUUACAAUCUUACAAUGUGCCAGCAAACUUGUCGUUCCCUUGCUGAUGGUGAAAAGCAUUGUUUGCAAGACUUUGCUCCUGUGGAUGGCUGUGGCUGCCCAUAUAAUACAUACUUGGAUAACCAGGGUACCUGUGUGCCCAUCUCCAAAUGCACAUGUUAUUACAAGGGAUCAUACCUGGAAGCAGGGGAUUAUAUCACAAAAGAUGGAGAACGUUGUGUUUGCCGAAAUGCAAAGAUCCAGUGCACUUCAGUGAAAAUACGAAUGAAAAAUGCAACAGAAUGUUCUUCUAACAAGAUCUACUUUGACUGCAAUGCAUCCCCACAGUGGACUUCCCAGACACCUGUACAACUUAGCUGUCAUACUCCUCGAACUGAUUAUUUCCAGGCAGAGUGCGUUUCAGGCUGUGUGUGUCCUGAAGGUCUAUUUGAUGAUGGGAGAGGGGGCUGUGUUGAGGAGAACGACUGCCCAUGCAUUCAUAACAACCUAUGGUAUUCUUCUGGACAGAAGAUAACAGUAGACUGCAACACCUGUACCUGCCAAAAGGGGGUUUGGAGCUGCACUGAAUAUGUGUGCUAUGGGACUUGUAUGAUAUACGGAAGUGGCCAUUAUAUCACCUUUGAUGGAAAAUUCUAUGACUUUGAUGGGAGCUGUGAAUAUGUGGCUACUCAGGAUUUUUGUGGUGACAAAAACUCCAGCGGCUCAUUCAGUAUCAUCACAGAGAAUGUCCCUUGUGGAACUACAGGAGUCACCUGUUCAAAGGCUAUUAAAAUGUUUCUAGGGAAAACCGAACUGAAAUUAGAGAACAAAGAAUAUAAAGAAAUUCAACGAGAUAUUGGUGAUGAUGUGCGUUACUGGAACAGGACAGUAGGCCUCUACCUUGUUAUCGAGGCCAGCAAUGGCAUGAUGCUUAUCUGGGAUAAGAAGACUACUGUUUUCAUCAAACUGACCCCCGAUUACAAAGGCAAACUGUGUGGUCUUUGUGGCAACUUCGAUGACAAAUCUAACAAUGAUUUUACAACAAGGAGUGGGCUGCAGGAAACUAAUGCUCUGAAGUUUGGAAAUUCCUGGAAACAGUCUUCCAUGUGCCCGGAUGUCACAGAAGAGAUUAAGCCCUGUGAUGUGAAACCACAUCGAAAGUCCUGGGCAGAGAAAGAAUGCAGCAUCAUCCAGAGUGAAGUCUUUAAAAUUUGUCACUCCAAGGUGGACCCAAUUCCUUUCUAUGAAGCUUGUGUUCAUGAUGCCUGCUCUUGUGACAGUGGUGGAGACUGUGAGUGCUUCUGUUCUGCAGUUGCUGCAUAUGCUCAAGAAUGUACCAAAGCUGAGGCCUGUGUUUUCUGGAGAACUCCUGAUAUAUGUCCAAUAUUUUGUGACUACUACAACCCUCGUAAUGAGUGCGAAUGGCACUAUGAGCCCUGUGGCAGUAAUAUCACGACCUGCAGGAUGAUUAAUAAUGUCAGCACCAACUUUUCAGUACCAUACCUGGAAGGUUGCUACCCCAGAUGCCCUAAGGAGAAGCCUGUUUAUAAUGAAGAGACAAAGGAAUGUGUGCCUGAAGAUCAAUGCUGGUGUUAUGUCAAUGGAACUCACGUUCCCCCUGGGCAUGAAAUACCCACAGAAGAGAACUGUACACAAUGUGUCUGUGGCCCCUCAGGAUCUAUUCAGUGUAAACCAGUCCCAG